UGUCAUUUAGUUUGCAUUUUGAUUUCGUUUGGUCAACAAGUUCUUCUUGAUAAGCAGAAAAAAUUAUUUAAAAUGUCAAUUUUGGAAACAAUAUCUCUGGAUAAUGAUGUCUUCAGAGCUUAUGCUUUCUGGACAGCAAUUACCAUUUUUAAGAUGCUUUUUAUGUCUGUACUGACAGGACGAACUAGAUUAAAGAACAAGAUAUUCAUUAAUCAUGAAGAUACAGUUGGAAGAAAUGUUGAAAUUGUAGUUAAUGAUGAGGAUGUAGAACGUAUUAGAAGAGCUCACCGAAAUGAUCUUGAAAACUGUUUCCCAUUUAUGAUUAUUGGAUUCCUGUUUGUUCUUACCAAUCCAAGCUCAUUCAUUGGCGUGAACUGCAUGAGAAUCGGAGCAAUAUCGAGAAUCAUUCAUACAGUUGCCUUUUUGAAUGCUUUGCAGCCUUGGCGCUUUAUUGGAUUUCUCGGAUGUAUCCUUGUAACUGUCUACAUGGGAAUUCAAGUCUUAAUGUUCUUUUAAUUAAUAUUUGAAUAUUGUUUUUUUAUUGGGGAAACUAAAGGUGAAAAAAAAAUAAAAUUAA